CUUCCGUUGAUGAGUGUGGUGGGCUUGUGGGCGCGGGCUUUCGUAAGAGCAGUCCUUAUUCAGGCCUGAAUAGUCUGAAUAGCCUUCAUUCGUUUGUUCGUCGAUAGUAAGCUCGCAUCGCUGUGUCGUAAUAGCGGACUUCCGGAUCCCCCAUAAUACCGUGCUGUGCAAGUUGAAAGGCAACUCGACUUCCGAACUCUAGCCUGAGCUGGUGAAUAGACGCUGUAGUUCUCGUCCUGCUGCAAUGAUCGUUUGUGCAUGUUUUUCGCGAUUUGUUCAGUGAACGAUGCGAAUAGGUGAGCGGAUUUAGCUGUUUUCGCAUGAAUGGGUGGCCUCUUUAAGCGAUUCGUUUUAUCCAGAAUGCAGAGUGCUCGGAUGCGGAAUAAUUGAGUAAGCAACGUGUAACCAGUUUGUAUCAGUGGAGUUCCUUGCGGCAACGUGGAUCAAUUGAACGCUGUGAAAGUGCGAGCGGGCGGUCGUGAACGAUGAAUAACUCGAUGGUGGAUUAACUUUUUGACGAUGGCCAAACAACUUUGACCCGGAUAAAUAUUGAAGCAAACCGAGCAUCAGCCGCUGUUCCGGUACAGAACUUUCCCAACUAUCUAAUAUGAGUUUGCCUCGUUAUCAGCACGAGCAACAGCAAGGACAUCAUCGUUAGCGCCUCCCUCUCUGCUUUCAGCUCUAGAAAACGAAUACUAAGAUGUAUCUAAGCGCUGUACUUGUUAUCCUGGUCGGCUAUCGAUUAGUUAGGGGAAGUACUAUAAAUAAUGAAGACUAUGAUUAUCCGAACCCUUCGUUUCGUGACAUUACAGCUAAAUCAGCAGCAGCAUAUUUCGAUCAGAACUUUACACGCAACGUUACAACUGUCGUGGGACAGUCGGCAUUUUUAAAUUGUAAAGUCUUACAUUUAGAUAAUAAGACGGUAUCGUGGGUACGACAUAAAGAUAUAAAUUUACUGACCGUCGGAAAAUACACAUACUCAGCCGAUGAACGUUUCGUCCCCCUCAAUGAUGAGAAAACCGGUGAGUGGACACUACAGAUAAAAUACGCUCAGAAGAAGGACACGGGCGCCUACGAAUGCCAGUUAUCGACAACUCCCCCGAAAGGUGUUGUGGUCUAUCUAAUGGUCGUCGAACCCAACACUACCAUCCUCGGUGGGCCUGACCUAUUUAUCAAUAUUGGCUCAACAAUUAAUCUGACAUGUGUCCUGCUGCAAUCUCCAGUUCCGCCGGAAUCAAUACAGUGGACACACAAUAAUCAGGAAAUCAAUUAUGAUUCGCCACGCGGUGGAGUUUCAGUUAUAACCGAGAAGGGGGAGACUACGACAUCAUAUCUCCUGAUACAACGUGCGACACCAACUGAUUCCGGAAAGUAUAGCUGUAUCCCGUCGAAUGCAAACACUGUAACAGUUAACGUGCAUAUUUUAAAGGGUGAACAUCCAGCUGCAAUGCAUCAUAGUGGUGAAAACAAACAAAACAAUGUAUAUUGUAUAUGUGAUUCUUUGAUUUUAUUAUCUAUCAUUCUAUCUAUUUUUAUAUGUAAAUUUUACAGAAAAUAAAACAAAUCAAACUUGUCUUUAAUU